UGCUCCCGCCUUGGCGGCCUAUCUCCGUGCGCACGCGCGCGGAUGGGCGGGUUUGACUGGCUGUAGGGUCCGCGCCGUCGGUGAUUGGCGUUGGCGGCGGGAAGGUUGAGUUCCUGGUGCGCCGAGCCUGCAGGGCGAUGUGUAGUGACUUCCAUAGGGCUGAGUCUGGGACCGAGCUCCUUGCCCGACUUGAAGGUAGAAGUUCUUUGAAAGAAAUAGAACCAAGUCUGUUUGCUGAUGAAGAUUCUCCUGUGCAUGGUGAUAUUCUUGAAUUUCAUGGCCCAGAAGGAACAGGAAAAACAGAAAUGCUUUAUCACUUAACAGCACGAUGUAUACUUCCCAAAUCAGAAGGAGGCCUGGAAGUAGAAGUUGUGUUUAUCGAUACAGAUUACCACUUUGAUAUGCUCCGGCUCGUGACGAUCCUCGAGCACAGACUGUCCCAGAGCUCUGAGGAAGUGCUCAAGGUCUGCCUGGGGAGACUGGUGCUGCUGUACUGCAGCAGCAGCACCCACUUACUGCUCACGCUUCACUCACUGGAGAGCAUGUUUUGUAGUCGCCCGUCUCUUUGCCUUUUGAUUUUGGAUAGCCUGUCAGCUUUUUACUGGAUAGAUCGCGUCAACGGAGGAGAAAGUGUUAACUUACAGGAGUCUACUCUGAAGAAAUGUUCUCAGUUCUUAGAGAAACUUGUAAAUGACUAUCGCCUGGUUCUUUUUGCAACCACACAAACUUUAAUGCAGAAAGCCUCGAACUCGGUGGAAGAACCUUCUCAUGCCUCCCAACGCCUGCGUGACGUGGACAUAGACUAUAGACCCUAUCUCUGUAAAGCAUGGCAGCAAGUGGUGAAGCACAGGAUAUUUUUCUCCAAACAAGAUGAUUCGAAAAGCAGAAACCAAUUUUCAUUAGUUUCACGCUGUUUAAAAAGUAAGAGUGUAAAAAAACACUUUUUUAUUAUUGGAGAAAGUGGGGUUGAAUUUUGUUGAUAUGUAUCAUAAAAUAGUCUUUUGCAGGGUAUUAUGCAAGUCUUAAAGUUUUCUUUUUUAAGACAGGGUCUCGCUCUAUCUUCCAGGCUGGAGUGCAGUGGCACAAUCAUGGCUCACUGCAGCCUUGAACUCCUGGCCUCAAGGGAUCCUCCUAUGUGUGACUCUCAGAGUACAGAAAUUACAGGCAUGUGCCAGUGCACCCAGCCAAAAGUUUUUUUCUUUUUGAGAUGGAGUCUAACUCUGUCACCCAGGCAGGAGUGUUGUGGUGCGAUCUCGGCUUACUGCAACUGUUGCCUCCUGGGUUCAGGCGAUUUUCCUGCCUUAGCCUCCCAAGUAGCUGGGAUUACAGGCACCUGCCACAUGCCCGGCUGACUUUUGUAUUUUUAAUGGCGACUGCGUUUCACUAUGUUGGCCAGGCUGGUCUCGAACUCCUGACCUGAAGUGAUCCACAUGCCUUGGCCUCCCAAAGUGCUGGGAUUACAGGCGUGAGCCUCCGCGCCGGCCCUAAAGUUUUAAACUCUAGGGGAAUUAACAGUGUUUCUUUACAGAAUGGAUUUGUUAAACCAGUACAAUAAAUCUAAAGACUAUUCUGUUUCUAGGCUGUUGAAUCAAAGUGCUAUUAACAAUUAAACUUUGUAUUAAUAAAAUAAAAAAAAAAAAAGAAAAAACUUUGUAUUAAGCUUGCUUUAAAAGCAAAGAAAUAAUGUAUACAUAUAUUACAUAUAUCUGCCUAAAUAAGCUGGACAUUUAUAACUUUGUGUCACAUUUUUGGAAUUUCAUUAAGUACUUUUUUUUGUUUAAGAAACUUUACAGGCGAGGUGCGCUGGUUCACACCUGUUAUCGCAGCACUUUUGGGGCUGAGGCGGGCAGAUGAUGCAGUCAAGAGAUGGAGACCAUCCUGGCCAACACAGUGAAACUCUGUCUCUACUAAAAUAUAAAAAUUACCUGGGCAUGGUGGCGUGUGUCUGUAGUCCCAGCUACUCAGGAGGCUGAGGCAGGAGAAUUGCUUGAUCCCAGGAGGCAGGGUUUCAGUGAGCAGAGAUCGAGCCACUGCACUCCAGCCUGGCGACAAAGGGAGACUCUGUCUCAAAAAGAAACUUUACAUAAAUGCAUUUCUUUCUUCUUCUUCUUUUUUUUUUUUUGAGAUGGAGUCUCAGUCUGUCGCCCGGGCUGGAGUGCAGUCCAAGUAGCAUGACACAUGCCUCUAGUCCCAGCUAAUAGUAGCUAAUAGUAGCUGGGAUUGAGGCAUGUGUCACAACACCCAGCUAACUUUUGUAUCUGGUAUCACCAUGUUGGCCAGGCUGGUCUUGAACUCCUGGCCUGAAGUGAUCCACCUGCCUCAGCCUCCCAAAGUUCCGGGAUUACAGGCAUGAGCCAUCUUGCCUGGCAUCUUUUCUUUUCUCUCUCUCUUUUUUCUUUUUUUUUUUUUUGGAAACAGGAUCUCACUCUGUUUCCCAGGCUAGAGUGCAAUGAUGCAGUCAGAGCUUGCUGUAGCCUCAAUCUCUUGGGUUCAAGUGUGACCCUCCUACCUCGGCCUCUGAGUAGCUGGGACUAUAGGCAUGGGCCACCACGUCCUGCUAAUUUUUGUAUUUUUUUAUAAAGACAGGCUUCACCAUGUUGGCCAGGCCUGUCUCAAAUUCCUGUACUCAAGCAGUCCAUCUAGCUCAGCCUCUCAAUGUGCUGAAAUUACAGGUGUGAGCCACCAUGCAUAACCAGUUACUAGUAUUCUCUGACCUCUUUAGAACAGUCAUUUCCAGCUGAGAGUUGGACAGGUGCUUUUUUUGUUGUUUGUUUUUGAGAUGGAUUCUCUCCUGCUGCCUAGGCUAGAGUGUGGUGGUGUAAUCUUGGCUCACUGCAACCUCCACCUCCCAGGUUCAAGUGAUUUUCCUGCCUCAGCCUCCCGAGUAGCUGGGAGUACAGGUGUGUGCCACUAUGCCCGGCUAAUUUUUGUACCCCAAAUGGGUGUGUGCACCUCAAGGGGUAUACAAGGGGAUGUGUUGUGGUGGAGGAAGAAAAUUUUAGAAAUUCUCUUAACACAUUUAAUUCAAGAAGAGAUCAGUUUGUAUCAGUUUGAUAUUUAGAUUGACCUCAGCAGUCUCCUUCAAUCCGUAUGUCAAAAUGUCAUAUGUCACAUAUGUAUCUGAGUUACUCCGUGGGAAAAGUGGAAGGAAUUGGAGUAGUGUCCUCAUGGGCUUGUUCAUUUUUAUGUUUCCUAUUCAGUUAAAGCUAUUUAUCUGUAAAUGCACUUACCUAAUGGAAGUUUCUUUCUUCUUUCUUUUUCUUUUUUUUUUUUUUUUUGAGACAGAGUCUCAUUCUGUCGCCCAGGCUGGAGUGCAGUGGCGUGAUCUUGGCUCACUGCAACCUCCGCCUCCCAGACUUGAGCAAUUCUCCUGCCUCAGCCUUCUGAGUAGCUGGGAUUACAGGCGCCUGCCACCACACCUGGCUAAUUUUUCUAUUUUUAGUGGAGGCGGGUUCACCAUGUUGGCAAGGCUGGUCUUGAACUUGUGACCUUAGGUGAUCCGCCCACCUCGGCCUCCCAAAGUGCUGGGAUUACAGGCUUGAGCCCCCACACCUGGCCAUGCAUAUGUUUAACUUUUUUUUUUUAUAGUUCAUCUUUCUAAAUUUUGUAUACUUUUAUUAUAUGCAAUACAUGUUAGACAUAAUUUUUUUUUUUUAGAUGGACUUUCCCUCGUGUUGCCCAGGCUAGAGUGCUAUGGCACAGUUUCGACUUAUGGCAACUUCCACCCCCUGGGUUCAGGCAAUUCUCCUGCUUCAGCCUCCCAAAUAGCUGGAAUUACAGGCAUGUGGCACCAUGCCCAGCUAUUUUUUUGUAUUUUUAGUAGAGAUGGGGUUUCUCCAUGUUGGUUAGGCUAGUCUCAAACUUCUGACCUACCUGCCUCGGGCUCCCAAAGUGCUGGAAUUACAGGCAUGAGCCACCGCGCCUGACCAUACAUAAGUAAUUUAUAAACAUUUGUAAGUUGGGGAAAUAUGCUGAUUUCACCCCAUCAGUGUGUAUGGUCAGUACAAUUCAGAAUCCUACUCUAGAGUACUACUUUCAGCUCUCGAGACAAGAUGUGAAUGUUCAGUUACCUUCCCUUUCAAGCUCUGUAAAGUGUGUGCCAAGUGUGUAUGAAAAACUCAGCAAAUCUCAGCAGAAUUCUAGCCUUAAAUACAAUAGGAUUUUUCAUUUCCCCUUUCUGUAAAUGAAAUGUUAAUUUAAUGGACUGUUAUUCACUGAUUUAUAACUUACUCUUUAGGAAAAUGAUUUAAAAAUAAUGAACUUUCAUACUAACUUAAAUUAUCAAUUAUAAUAAUGUGUCAGACUAAAGACUGCAUUAUCUAAAAAUGAUUUGUUAUUUGACACGUUGGAAGGAAUUAAGAAUACUGGUUAGGCUGGGUGCGGUGGCUUACAUCUGUAAUGCCAGCUCUUUGGGAGGCCGAGAUGGGUGGAUCACUUGAGGUCAGGAUUUCAAGACCAACCUGGCCAACAUUGUGAAACCCUGUCUCUACUAAAAAUACAAAAAAAAGAAAAGAUUAGCCAGGCAGUAGUGGCGCAUGCCUGUAAUCCCAGCUACUCAGGAGGCUGAGGCAGGAGAAUUGCUUGAACCUGGGAGGCGGAGGUUGCAGUGAGCCGAGAUUGCACCACUGCAUUCCAGUCUGUGCGACAGAGUGAGACCCUGUCUCAAACCAAAAAAAAAAAAAAAAAGAGAGAGAGAAGAAAUUUUAGUACUUGUAAAAAGUAAAGAGAAAGAGAUAGAGACACCACACUGUAAGUUAUAUAUGUAGCAGACACCAGGGAUGCUGGCUGGAACCAGAAUAAUAACAGAAGUGCAUGAUUACAAAUCUCAGAAUAUUUAUCCCAUUUAUUUGUCUUAUUUACCUGUAAAAAAAAAAACAAGGGGAUCAUAAAAUACUUUUCUUCUCGAGGUCACUGUGAGAAUCUGGUGGAAAAAAAUACAUGUGAAAAUUAGUUCAGACAUUUAUUUAAUAUAUACUAUACAAAAUUAAUAUGGUAAUUACCUUAUCACUUGCUUCAAAUAUAUAGUUUACUUUUUUUAAAGGCAAUCAGUUAUUUAAUUAGAUUAUUAGGACAUUUAAAACACCAAUUUGUGAGGAUAAAUUCCAUUUGUCAGGGCAAACACAGAUCGCAGGUAGCCCUGGAGCUGAGGAAUAGCUUUGAUUUUUGGUAAAAUUUGUGAGUCCACAGCUUUCUGAUCAAUUUUGCUCUGCUCUGUAAUCUCGUAUUUCUCUUUUUCUGUGUCAAAGAUCUCACCUUCCUGGUGUCUGGGCUUCCACAACUUCUUCUUGAAGUAAGCAUCAGUAAGAUGUUUUGGGAUUUUUACAUUGCUGGUAUCAAUUUUGAUUGAGGUGGCAAUGACAAAUUUCUGGUGCGUUCUUCGCAGAGGAACUCAAUUGAGGACCAGAGGUCCAGUCACAAGUAACAAGCCACUAGCCAGCUGCUUCAGGAAAACCACCCUCUUGCCCUGUGGCGUCCAGUGUGGAUGAUCAGAAUGGUCCCGGGGGUAAUGCUGGCUCGCAGUUUUCUCACGUGCUGACUAAAGGGUUUUUUGCCGUGGCUCAACAGCUUUCGAGGCACAUCUUCAUUAGGAUAAUACCCAGGCAUUUUGCGAAGUUUAACCACCCGGGUGCUGCUGUUUUUGUCACCACCAACUGGUUUUGUAACAGUUGCAAGAACCUUCUUCUUUUUCUUUUCAACCUUGGAUUUAGCCGCUGAGUACUUCCUCUUGUACACGGCCUAUCUGGAAUACAUGGCAGAUCGGGAAUACCUGCCAAUUCCUCUGACAAGAACAGGAUUGCGGCUGCAAUGGGGCUUCCCCUUCUGGGGCUUUUUAGCCUUGAGGGUUACCCUUUUUCACUUUGCUACCAGCAUCAGCCUUCUUGGCUUCCGGUUUCUUCUCUUUAGUAUCUGGCUUCUCAACUUUUUCACCUGCCAUCUUGCAAGAUGGGAAAGAGUAGUUUUCUACUUUUAACCACAAGAUGCUGUAUUAUUUGCUUUAAGGCUUAGCUAAAAAAAAAAAAAGCUGCUAUAUUAUUAUUUCAUUAAUUUUUUAUGUAGACUACUAAGUUAUUUAUGGAUUAUCUAAGAAUGAGACUGAAAUAGACAUUUUCAGAUAAAGAAAAACAGAAUUUACCACCAAAAUUUCUUCAGUAAACAAACUUCUAAAAGAUAUACUUCAAGGAAGAUUAUCCCAGAAAGUAAAUCUGAGAUGUAAGAAUAAUGAUGAGUAAAUGGUAAGCACUGGAGUAAAUCUAAAGAAAUACUGAUAGUAAGGCAAUCCUAAGCAAAAAUAACAAAGCUGGAGGCAUCACACUACCCAGCUUCAAACUAUACUACAAGACUGCAGUAACCAAAACAGUAUAGUACUGGCACAAAAACAGACACGUAGAGCAAUGGAACAGAAGAGGUAAUUCAGAAAUGAGACCGCACACCUAUAAUUUUCUGAUCUUUGACAAACCUGACAAAAACAAUGGGCAAUGAAUUCUCUAUUCAAUAAAUGGUGCUGGGAUAACUGGCCAGCCAUAUGCAGAAGAUUGAAAAUGGACCCCUUCCUUACAACAUAUACAAAAAUUAAACUCAAGAUGAAUUAAAGACUUAAUGUAAGAUCCCAAACAAUAACAAUCCUGGAAGAUACUCCAGGCAAUACCUUUCAGGACAUAGGCACAGUCAAGGAUUUAAUGAUGAAGAUGCCAAAAACGAUUGUAACAAAAGCAAAAAUUAACAAAUGGGAUCUAAAUUUAAACUAUAGAGCUUCUGCACAGCAAAAGAAACCAUCAACAGGGUAAACAAACAAAGAAUGGGAGAAAAUUGUUGCAAACUAUGCAUCUGAGAAAGGUUGGAUAUCCAGCAUCUCUAAGAAACUUAAACAAAUUUAGAAUAAAAAAACACUCCAUUAAAAAGUGGGCAAAGGACAUGAACCGACACUUUUCAAAAGAAGACAUUUGUGGCCGACAAUCCUAUGAAAAAAAGCUCAACAUCACUGAUCAUUAGAGAAAUGCAAAUCAAAGCCACAAUGAGAUGUCAUCUCACACCAGUCAGAAUGGCUAUCAUAAAAAUGUAAAAAAAAAAUAACAGAGGCUGGAGAGGUUGUGGAGAAAAAGAUAUGAUUGUACACUGUUGGUGGAAGUGUAAAUUUGUUCAACCAUUGUGGAAGGCAGUGUGGCGAUAAAGACAGAGAUACCAUUUGACCCAGCAAUCUCAUUACUGGGUAUAUACCCAAAGGAAUAGAAAUCAUUCUGUUAUAAAGACACAUGCACGCAUAUGUUCAUUGCAGCGCUGUUCACAAUAGCAACGGCAUAAAACCAACUUAGAUGCCCAUCAGUGAUAGACUGGAUUAAGAAAAUGUGGUACAUAUAUACUAGAGAAUACUGUGCAGCCAUAAGAAGGAACAGGGACAUGGAAGGGGCUGGAGGCCAUUAUCCUUAGCAAACUAGCAUAGGAACAAGGUCAUGUCCUUUGCCAGGAACAUGGAAGGGGCUGGAGGCUAUUAUCCUUAGCAAACUAACGUAGGAACUGAAAAACAGGUACUGCAUGUUCUCACUUAUGAGUGGGAGCUCAAUGAUGAGAACACAUGGAUAUAAAGAAGGGAACAACACACACUGGGGCCAACAUGAGGGUGGAGGGUUGGAGGGAGAAGAGCACAAAGAAUAACUAUUGGGUACUAGGCUUAAUAACUAUUGGGUACUUGGGUGACAAAAUAAUCUGUACAACAAACCCCCAUGACACGUUUACCUAUAUAACCUGCACAUGUACCCUUGAACUUAAACAGUUUUACAAAGUUGAUAGUAUAAAACUAUUUGAUUUGUGAGAAAAAAACAUAAAAUUCAAAAUAACCUAUUGCCUCCUGUAAUCCUGUAUAUGUAAGGUAAGUAAUUGAACUUAUUCAACCUGAAGAUCGUGCAUUACUCUGUUUUGCUGUUGUUUUGUUUUGAGGCAGGCCCUUUGCCACCCAGGCUGGAGUGUAGUGGCUUGAUACUGGCUCACUGCAGCCUACACCUUCUGGGCUCAAGUGAUCCUUCCACCUUAGCUUCCUGAGGAGCUGAAACUACAGGUGUGCAGCAUCACGCCUGGCUAUUUUGGGGGCAGGGUUAGAGACAAGUCUCCCUAUGUUGUCCAGGCUGGUCUGAAACUCCUGGGCACAAGCAGUCAUCCUGCCUAAGCCUUUCAAGCUGGUAGAAUUUCUUUUAUAGGAAGCCCUUCAAAUUUUCACCUUCAAAAUCAAGGCUCAAUUUGGACCAUAUCUUUACUGUCCUUCAGAAUAAUACAAGGUUAGCCUGUCUCUACAAAAAAUUUAAAACUUAGCCAGGCAUGGCAGCAGUGGCUAUAGUCCCAACUACUCAGGAGGCUGAGGUGGGAGGAUCACUUGAGCCCAGGAAGCUGAGGCUACAGAGAGCCAUGAUUAUGCCAUUGCACUCGAGCCUGGACCACAGAGUGACACCUUGUCUCAAGAAAAAAAAAAUGGGCUUGGUGUGGUGGUUCACGCUUGUAAUUUCAGCACUUUGGGAGGCUGAGGCGGGCGGAUCACCUGACGUCAGGAGUUUGAGACCAACCUGGCCAAUAUGGUGAAACCCUAUCUCUACUAAAAAAUAUAAAAGUUAGCUGGGUGUGGUGGCAGGCACCUGUAACCCCAGCUACUUGGGAGGCUGAGGUAGGAAAAUCACUUGAGCCCAAAAGUCUGAGGUUGCAGUGAGCCGAGAUUGCACCACUGUACUCCAGCCUGGGCUACAGAGGCUCCAUCGCAAAAAAAAAAAAAAAAAAAAAAAAAAAAAAAAAAAAGUCAACAAUAGGAUUAUUAGAUUUCAAAUUUAGACAAAAAAAAAAAAUAAAAAACUUUCUAAAGAAUAGGUCAAAUAAGAAAUCAUAUUCAAAAUUUAGGUCAGGGACAGUGGCUCACGCCUGUAAUCACAGCACUCUGGGAGGCCAAGGCGGGUGGAUCACGAGGUCAGGGGUUUGAGACCAGCCUGGGCAACAUGGAGAAACCCUGUCUCUACUAAAAAUAUAAAAAUUAGCCAGGCAUGGUGGUGUGCACUUGUAAUCCCAGCUACUCAGGAGGCUGAGGCAGGAGAAUUGCUUGAACCUGGAGGCAGAGGUUACAGUGAGCCGAGAUUGUGCCACUGCACUCCAGCCUGGCAACAGAGCGAAACUCCAUCUCAAAAAAAAAGAAAGAAAAAUAUUCAAAAUUUAAAAAUACUAAUAUACAACUUAAGUUAUAAAAAGAAAAACAAAAGAAAGGACACCGAAGGAGGAAAUAACAGCCGAAACUGAUUAAAUAGAAAACCAAGUAAGAACAACCAGGUGAAAGCUGGUUCUAUUCAUGGAUGAUUAGGAAGAGUAAGCUUUUUACUGAAGUUCAAAACAGUAGGAGGCAUGAACUAUAGACAGAGCAGAGAUUUAUUUUAGAAUAUUUAUAUCAAUAAAUUUGAAAACACAACAGACACAUCUUACUAAAACUACCUCCAAGAAAACACAAAAACUUCUCUAAAAUUGACACUUUAAAAAGCAACUGUAAUUACAAGACUUGAAUCAGUAAUUUGAGCUCUCCCCAGACAUUUAGGGAGACUUGAAUUUUCAGUGAUAAAAUAUGUAAUUUAGACAAACUCACCCACUGAAGUGAAGAAACUGGAUAAAAUACAAACAUAUUUGAUACUUCAAAGAGUAUCUAACCAGUUGAAGAAUUGCAGGUCAAGGUCCUGAGGGGGUGGAAGGCCAUAUGCCACUUGCAGUUGCUGAGAGUAAGCUGUACUUUUGGUGCUGUCUCUGGGGAGCAGUAAACCACGGCCCACUGUCACCAGGACGCUGAAAAGUGAUGCCCGAGGGUUAAGGGUGAAAUGGAAAUAAACUAGCCUCUUCCCCAGACUGCAGCUCAGUCUUGCAUCAUUUGAGUGGCACAAAAAGUCACAGGCCAGGCGCAGUGGCUCAUGCCUGUAAUCCCAGCACUUUGGGAGGCCCAGGUGGGUGGAACACCUGAGGUCAGGAGCUCGAAGCCAGCCUGGGCAACAUGAUGAAACCCUCUCUCUACUAAAAAUUUAAAAAUUAGCUGGGUAUGGUGGUGGGUGCCUGUAAUUCCAGCUACUUGGGAGGCUGAGGCAGGAGAAUCAUUUGAACCUGGGAGGUGGAGGUUGCAGUGAGUGGAGAUCAUGCCAUUGCACUCCAGCAUGGAUGACAAGAGUGAAACUGUCUCAAAAAAAAGUUACAGGCCAAGCUAUGCUAGCACUGCCGCACUCCAGCCUGUGUGAGGGAGUGAGACCACGUCACACACACAAGUCACAAACCUUAAUAUUUUUUAAAAUUUUGGUUGAGCGUAGUGGCUCACAGCUAUAAUCCCAGCACUUUGGGAGGCUGAGGCAGAAGGAUUAGUUGGGGCCAGGAGGUCCUGAUCAGCCUGGGCAAUAUAGAGAGACCCCUGUCUCUACAAAAAAAUUUUUUUUUUUUUUGAGACUGAGUUUUGCUGUUGUUACCCAGGUUGGAGCGCAAUGGCGCGAUCUCGGCUCACCGCAACCUCCACCUCCCGGGUUCAGGCAAUUCUCCUGCCUCAGCCUUCUGAGUAGCUGGGAUUACAGGCACGCGCCACCAUGCCCAGAUAAUUUUUUGUAUUUUUAGUAGAGACGGGGUUUCACCAUGUUGACCAGGAUGGUCUCGAUCUCUUGACCUUGUGAUCCACCCACCUCGGCCUCCCAAAGUGCUUGGAUUACAGGCUUGAGCCACCGCGCCCGGCCUACAAAAAUAUUUUUAAAAUAAAAUUGGGGAUAGAGAGAUGAAAGGAAAAUGGCAAAAUAUUGGUAACUGUUAGAGUAUGACACUAAUUGAGGUGAUCUCUGAUUUUUAGUGCCCCCAAGACCCUAUGAAAAUAAAAAUUCUCUUAAUAAUAAUGAGAGAGCUCAUCAAUAAUAAUAUCAUCCUAGGCCUCAAUUUGUAAAAGAUAAUUAUCAAAUGCAGUGUCUGAAAUGUGUCCGAAAUACAAUCAGUAACAUGACACAGAAGAAGACAAGUCUCUUGAAUAAGAAACUGCAGGAACGAAUGACUCCCCCAAAAUGUGCACCUGUACACACAGACACACCCACUCACAGACUUAGAACACAUGGCAAGAACAGCAUAUCAUUUGGCACUGGGAGCAGAUGGAACUAGAGUUCUAAGGGCCUUGCAUUGUAUGGGUGACCGGAAAAGGUCUCAAUAUUAGACAUUGAGAGAGUCUGCACCUUAUGAUUCCUUAACUACUCAAGAAUAGAAAAAGGGCAUAACUUUAAAAUCAAACAAGGGAAAGUGAUGGGCUAAUUUUUAAAUUAAAAACAAACACAGCAGGACAGAUCCAAAGCACAGAGAAGGUGGUACACUGAACCCCAUCCACACCAUUAGCUGGUGGUGGAGUCUUCAUUUCAUGCAAAGGGACUGAGGACUCCAGUUACCACAGUCUCGCUCUGUCACCCAGGCUGGAGUGCAGUGGCGUGAUCUCGGCUCACUGCAAACUCAGCCUCCCGGGUUAAAGCGAUUCUCUUGCCUGAGCCUCCUGAGUAGCUGGGACUACAGGCACGCGUCACCAUGCCUGGCUAAUUUUUUGUGUUUUUAGUAGAGACAGAGUUUCAUUGUGUUACCCUGGAUGGAGACUGGUUCUUAAAAUACAUGUUUGCUGUUUUAUUUUUAGAGAGAAGGUCUUGCUGUGUUGCUCAGGCUGGCAUGCAGUGGCACCAUCACAACUCACUGCAGCCUCAAACGUCUGGGUUCCAGUGAAACUACCACCUCAGCCUCCCAAGUAGCCGUGCCUACGUGCAUGUGCCACCUCACCCAGCUGAUUCCCUUGAAUUAGUAAAAGGUAUAUACAAAAAUCCCGCAGUAAACAUCACUUAAUAGUGAAAUAUUAGAAGUGACUCUUAAAAUCAACAACAAGACAAGAGUGCCUGCUAUCGUUACUUGUAUUCAGCAUUGUACUGAAAGUGUCAACACAGGCAAGGAAAAUAAAAAAAGGCAUGUGGAAGAAACAAAACUGUCAUUCUUUAAAGGUUAGAUGAUUGUAUGUAUGGAAACCCAGUAUCAUUUAUGAGCAGAUUAUUAGUAUUAAGAGUUUAGCAAAUUCACGAGCUGAAAGAUGAACAUUUAAGUUUUUCUAAGUACCAGCCACAGAAUUAGAAAAUGGAAUUUUAGGCCGAGUGCAGUGGCUCACAACUAUAAUCCUAGCACUUUGGGAUGCCAAGGAGGGAGGAUUGCUUGAGUCCAGGAGUUCGAGACCAGCCUGGGCAACUUAGUGUGAGACCCUGUCUCUAUAAAAAUAAAUUUUUAAAAAGAAAAUGGAAUUUUAAUUGUAUAUAAUUUUUAAUCAUAACUAAAAAUAUAAAGUGCCUAGAAAUCUAGCAAGAAUAUGCAAGACCUUUUUGGAGAAAAUUACAAAGCUAUAUUGUAAGCUGAGUUUAACCCUUUUCUCAUUUAGAGAAAAAAAAGUGCAGCUCACUGCCAGCGUUCAUUUAAUUUUACAUAAACACACUCUUGGAGGCUGAAGCAAAUCUUAACUGAUUUUCAGUGUGAAAAUAAAAUAUAAAAACUGUUCCUGGAGUUAUUUCUAAACGGAACUAACAUCAGAGUCAUCUGAAUCAUCAGAAUCAUCUAUUUCAGAAAACUCGGAUUCAUUGAAUGAAUCUUUAGCUAACUGUUGAGAAUGAUGUUAACAUCACAUGUAGGAAUGCUACAUUUUCUAGGAUUUGACAUUUUCAGGAAUCAAGAAUUACUAUAUUUUGUAAAUGGAAAUACCACUACUAAAAACAGAAUG